AUGAUAGAUAUAAAGGAUCAUGAACAUGUCCUUAAAGACAACUAUAAAAUUUAAAUAGGAUAGCAUAAAGAGGACUAAGUAAUUGAUGCAUUUUAAGGAGAUGAUAUUAAAUAGGUUAACUUUGAUGAUCAAUUGUAGAUAAGCAUUCAUAUCGAUGAUAAGAAUAUGAACUACCAAAGUAACUUAGCUAGUAGUCCUAACUACUUAUAAAAAGCAUUAAGUAAAAAUGAGAAUGAUGUUUAAGAAUCUAACAUCAAUAAAAAUUCUAAGCAAAAUCUUUUGCAAGAUCAAUUUUUUUCAAACAAUCAGCUUGGUUCAAUCAGUUAAAGAGGGUUAUUAAAUAACGCUAGCGCAAUCAGCAACAGUUAGCCUUUUUCUUUAAAUGAAAAUCAGCUAAUCCAGCUAGAUCAAAGCUCAAGUGAGGAUGAUUAAACAGAGAUAGAAAAAAAUUUUAGUAGAUUGAAACACUUUUAAGAAAGCACUAAUAGAGACUCAAUAGAAACAAACAAGGAAUAAAAAAAGAAAGCAAGUACUAUCAAAAUAAAGCCCUUUUCAAUAAUGUAUCAAUCACUAGUAUUUUUAGCCAAAUUAAUGAGGGCUUCGUCUAGCUUUAGAUUUAGGAAUAUUACGUUAAAAUAAUUUGGUAUAAUAGAUGACUUUUCUUCUGAUUUUGAAUACUAUAUCUACAUCAAUCAUAAAAUUAGAUCAUUUAGACCAUCGAUAAUCAAGAAAUUCCUCUACAAAGCUUAGUAGACUAUCUUGAUUGACUACUUUAAUGAGUUCUUGAAGGGCAAGUGGAUAUUAAAACCUGAAUCUUUAUUUCGAUUAAUAUGGGAUAUUUUUAUGAUUGUGUUUGUCUUGUAUCUUUUAAUCGUAAUUCCUAUUGAGCACAUAUACGAUUAGAAUCAGAUUUAAUUUUUAUAAUACUUUAAUUCUGCUGUUAUCUAAUGGAUUUUAGUCUUAGAGUUAUUUGUUAAUUUCAAUACUGCAGUUUUUCAUAAUGGACAAGUUAUCAUAGAUAGACGAAAAAUAUUUUAUCUUUAUCACAAAAAUUUUAUAAAGGACUUUAUAGUUAUGAUUAUGUUUAUGAUAUCUAGAAGUGUGGAAAAGAAUACAAGUACGAGCUACUUAGAUUUUUUUAUCUUUAUAAAAUUUAUUGAUAUUCCUUGGAAGCUAAAUGAUCUAGAAAAUUAAUUUCAGGUUUCUUAAAAUAAAAUGAGAAUAUUUUAAUUAAUUUAACUGGAACUGCUCGUUAUUCUUAUAGCUCAUAUACUCAGCUGUAUUUAUUUGCGAAUAGGUUUGCAGUAGUAUUAAAAUGGCGAAAAUAGCUGGAUUUCUCGUUUCCAGCUAGAUGGAUAUUCAGUUGGACAGCUCUAUUUGUAAACAUUUUAUUACAUGAUUAUUACUAUGACAACUAUAGGAUACGGUGAUUAUUUUCCUACUACUCCUAAUGAAAAAGUAUUUAUAACAGUUGUGGCAUUAAUAGCUACUAACGUUUGUGCUUUCUCUUUUAGUUAAAUUAGUGAAAUAGUGAAGUAUGAGCAAGAUAAAAAACAAGCUUAUCAAUAAAUGAUGUAAGGAAUAAAUAAAGAAAUGAAUAAUGUUGGGUUAAACAUUUUGCUUUAACACAAAGUUAGAAAAUAUUACGAAUUCCAACAUAAUUAAUAAAGUGAAGACAGAUAAUAAAAUAGAUUGACUCUAAUUGAAAAUCUACCUUCUCAAAUUAAAUAAGAAGUUCUUUUAGAUGUGAAUGUGGAUUUUCUUAAACAGAUUACAUUUAUAAAUUAGCUUUCUAAUGAAUGUAAAAAGUAAAUUUCAUUGAACGUGAAAUAAAGAAUUUUUUAUCCUGAAGAAGUUGUGUUUAAAGAAAAAGAAUACAAUUCCUCUCUAUUUUUUAUCUCUCAAGGUACUGUACAACUUAGUAUCACAGUCAAAACCAAAAAUGAAUCUAAUGAUGAAACACUAUCUGAAAUGAUUAUUGAGUAAUUGAAGAAAAAGGAUGUUUUUGGCUUUGAAGGAUUUCUGUAUAACUCUUAAAAUCCUUAUAAUGCUAAAUGUGGUGGAUAUAGUGUUAUUACAUAUAUAGAAAGAGAGGAGCUAAUUAACAUUUUACAACAAUUUCCAUUAGAUUACGAAAAAUAUUGCUUUAUGAAAGAUGAAAUAGUUUUAUCUGGAAAAUAUAAAUUAAUUAGUAAGAAGUGCUAUACUUGUGGAGAUUAAAAUCAUUCUUUUAGAGAUUGUGCUAAAAUCAAUCCAGUUUUUAACUGGAGAGAAAAGUACAAAGUUAAGCAUAAGCAAAUAAAUCCUGAAAGAAAUCCUUAGUUUGUUAGAAAGACAGUUAGCUUACUUAAAGCGAUAAAAGAUUAGUAAGAAAUUUCAAAGAAAGCUUUAAAAAUUAUAGCAAAAUACGAUGAAGAAUCUAUGUUAAGUGAUUUAUGCUCAGUUUUGAUUGAAGAAGAGCAUGACACAGAUAAAAAUUCUUAGGAUGAAGAUGAUGAUUUUUCAGUUGGUAGUGAAUAAAAAGAUCAAGAAAAUUUCAAAAGAAAAGUUAGGGGAAAUAAUGAAGAUGAUGACGAUGACGACGACAAUCAUGAACAAGAAAGAAAUCAAAACAUUUAUAGAAAAUUGAAAAAAAAUACUUACAAUGGGACUGAAUCUUCAGACAUACUGGAUGAAGAAGAAUCAAUGUGGUUCGAGAGCUAAAAAGACAAAAGAUAAACAACGAAAAAGAGAAGCAAGAUUAACCUUUAAGAUACUAUUAGCUCGCUGAUAAAAUAAAUCAAUGAUGAAAAAAUACAAAAAGUAUAAAAUAUCAACUAAGAAUAAUAUAAUGAGAAGCAAAAGACUAUUUUGCUUAAUACAAAGUUUAGCAAAUUUAGAUCAGGAAGUGGUGAUAAUAUUUUUAGUUCAAAUGCGAGUGAAAAACCGAAAUUGUAGAUGGCAAAUUAACUAGAUAUCAUAGAUGAGAAUGAAGAAGAAAUAAACAAUAUGCUUAACUCAGACAUGCGGUAUUAAGGUUCAAAUAAGCAAACAGAAGCAACAUUUUCUGAGAAACCUAAUAAAUUAGUAACAAUUAACGAGCUGAUAAAUGAGUAGCUUGAUGAAUCUCAUAGCUCUCAUAAUCUUAAUUAAUAAGUUAUCCACUUUGAAUCUCCAGAUAGUAUAUUAGAUUAAGAGUCCAACCUAUCAAUUGGUAUAAUUUAAUAAAUGGAAUGUAAGCCUAAUCCUUCUUAGGAAUUUACUCCAAUUCAUACUAUGCAAUAAAUAAAAGGUGAUAAUUAAAGAAAGUAAUCGCUUUAAGGAUUCCGUUCAUAAAAUUCUAAUAAUUUUAUUUCGUAAAGCACUUUACGUGCUCUUGAAUCAGAUUUAAACUUAAGCAAUAAUAAUAAUAGUUAAAACAGCCCAAAAUUAAUACAACCUUUCUUAUAAAAGUAAAUAAAAAAUGGUAGUGGAUUCUCCUCUUAGAACUAAAAGAAUGAAACAAAUGAUGCGAACAACAACGUUAUCAUUUUAGAUUCAAGUGAUGCUAGCUAAAGCUUCGAUCUUCAAAAUAACAAUUAAAAAUAUUAAACAAAUUAAUAAUUAAAUUAAAAUGGCACUGAAGGUUAUUAAGAUACUAAUUUUUCUUCCAAAUCAACUUGGAUCACAAGUAAAUUUAAUCAGAAAGAAUUAGUUGAAAAAACUGAAGAAUAUGAAGAUAGCUGCAAUGAUGAAAAUGUCAACAGUGAAAGACUUCCUCAGGCUCCUUAAAAAAUUUCAAGAAGCAACAAUAAAACUUUUACAAUGAGUUGCAAUGAGUCCCAAUUCCAAAAUGUGUAAGAAAAUGCAAAUGAAGAAAUAAAUUCAAAUAAUAUAAAUCCUGUUAAAGUUCAAGAAUAUGACAUAUAUGAUAAAUUGUAAAUAAAAAGAAAGCAAAAAGCCCAAAAAACUUAUCUCAUGCAGGAGAGAUCAAUUGCUAAAAAACUGACUUAGAAGCUGAAUUAAAAUACUCAAAGCAUCAACAAUGCUCACAAUGAUGAUAUUCUCAAAACUAUUUAAAGAACUGUUUCGAGGAAAAUGUCAGAUAAAAAAAAAACAAUUAUAUAAAACUCUCAUUUGUUAAAUUAAAAUUAGACAUAAUAAAAUUUACACCACUUUAAUAUAUUACAGACGAGCUCAAAAAAUUACCUACCUGAAAGCAUCUCUCCAUAUUCUCCAAAUUAAUAAUUUGGCUUAAAUAAAAAUAAUCUUUCUAAUCAACUAUAAUCUCAAGAAAAACAAUCACCGAUUAUUGGCUCAGAUAGGAAAAUUCCAUCAAUACCACUUUUACAUCUUGGAAUGCCUAGAGAGAGCACUAAAAAAUACACAAAAUUUAAUAUUUCUCACUACCCUAGCUAAAUAGAUCCUCAUAUUCUAGAAAACAAUUAAUUAGGAUUAAAUAAACAUAGACGUAUUGGAACUAUUAAAACAACUCAUAUAGAAAUUUAAAAAGAACCAGAUUAAGCUAACUCUCCAAGAAGAAAUGGUAGAGUAGGUACCAAAUUAUCAGGAGGAGGAAAAACAAUUAUUUCAUAAUCAAAGUAAUUUGAAAGAAAAAGCACGAAUACCAACACAAAUUCAUCAAUACUAGGCAGUAAUUAAUUAAACUAAUUAAAUUCAAGCAACAUUAUAGAGCAUCAUGUAGUUACAGGUAUCACACAAAAUACAGCUAUAGAGGGAAGCUAAGAAUCAUAUGAAUACAUGAUUAGAUGUAUCUAUAACUUGCAAGAUUUGGAUUUGCUAAUAGUCAGAAAGAAAUUUUUGAUAGAACAAUAGAAGGGUAUUCUGCAAAAUUUCAUUUUUGUAGAUGAUAAUGAAAUAGAUAUUGAUGUAUCUAAAGAGUUUAAAUAGUAUUAUCCCCCUUAAAAUAUGAAAGAAAUAAUUAAAGCAUUGAGGAAAAAGCAAAAUAAAAUCCUAAAAUAAUUUUAUCCCAAUAUUAAAACAAAUCAUAAUAAAAAUCUAAAACAAAAGAAGCUAAAAACAGGAGAAUCUAAAUAUAGUAUAAGACAGAACUCUAAGCUGUCUAAUAAUCCAUCAAAUUAACUGACUUAGUUAAAUAGUUUUUAAAUCAAUAGCAACACAAACAAUAACAAUAAUCCAUCAUAUAUCAUCAACUAAAAACAAUGA